UUUUGGUUUUGGUAACUGUUCUCGUAUUCGAUUCGAUCCGGAGGUUCAGCUGCAGAGGAGAGAGAGAGAGAGCAAGAAAAACACCCUUCAAACAAAGCGCUACUCUUCUUCUUCUUCGCUGUCAGCUGAAUUUCUUCUAUUUCCUUGGGAAACUCAAUCAUGGCGAACAUGGCAAGGUCUUUCCUUCAGGUAGCAGCUACGGAGGAGGUUGCUUCCCCUCUCAGAGUUGUUCAGAUUGAGGGACUGGUUAUCUUAAAGAUAAUCAAACACUGCAAGGAGUUUUCGCCUGCUUUGGUUACAGGGCAACUUCUUGGAUUAGACGUGGGCAGUGUUCUUGAAGUUACUAACUGUUUCCCCUUUCCGAUUCGAGAGGAGGAUGAGGAGAUUGAAGCUGAAGGUGCUAAUUACCAGCUUGAGAUGAUGAGAUGUUUGAGAGAGGUUAAUGUUGACAAUAACACUGUUGGAUGGUAUCAAUCAACGCUACUAGGUUCAUACCAAACAGUGGAACUAAUUGAGACCUUUAUGAACUAUCAGGAGAAUAUUAGAAGGUGUGUUUGCAUAAUUUAUGAUCCUUCGAAGUCCAAUCAAGGUGUCUUAGCACUAAAGGCACUAAAGCUUUCUGACUCAUUUAUGGAGCUUUACCGCAAUAACAAUUUUACAGGGGAGAAGUUGAGGGAAAAAAACUUGUCAUGGGUGGAUAUCUUUGAAGAAAUUCCUAUCAAAGUUUCAAAUUCUGCCCUUAUCAGUGCCUUUAUGACAGAGCUUGAAGCUGAUUCACCUGUUACCCAGUGUGACUAUGACCGUCUGAAGUUGUCUACCAAUCCAUUUUUGGAGAGGAAUGUUGAAUUUCUGAUUGAAUGCAUGGAUGAUUUGUCGAUGGACCAGCAAAAGUUCCAAUACUAUUAUCGAAACCUGUCACGCCAGCAAGCCCAACAGCAAGCAUGGCUUCAGAAAAGAAGGGCAGAGAACAUGGCAAGGAGGGCUGCAGGAGAAGAUCCUUUACCUGAAGAAGAUCCUUCAAACCCUAUAUUUAAGCCUGUCCCUGAGCCAUCGCGGUUGGAUAGCUUUCUUAUAACAAAUCAAAUUUCAAACUACUGCAACCAGAUUAAUGGGGUUGCUGGCCAGAGCUUCUGCAGAUUGUAUUUGAUGAAGGGUUUGCAUGAGAAUUAAUGUAAACUAAUGGUCUGCAUAAGAACCUAUGAUAUCUAAAGUCUAGACUUGGCACACCAUAUUCCAGUCUUUAGAAUUAGGAGAGAAUUUAUAAUGCAGUUGUUGGUUUUGAAAGAGAAUGGAUUAGAGGGUUGCUUUGUAAUUGUUUUAAACUUUAUAUUCUUUAUCUAUUUUAUACUCAAGUGGUUCUAUCGAAAUUUUGAGCUAGUAUUAUAUACCAUUCUUUAAAGGCCGAUUUCGAUGUAAUGAAAUUAUUGUUGUGAAAUUGUCAUUUUUUGCA